AUGGAUUCUCUAAAUUCAACAAGUCCUGGCGAGGAUGUCCUAUCCAAGGCACCUACGCAGUUCGCUAUUCUCGAUUUCAUUUUCCCUGGGUUUUCCACCUUUUCCAGUAUCAUCCAUGCCUACCUGGGCAUUGAUCUCAACGUCUACAUCCCUCUGCUUCUCAUCGUCUCUGGUAUCAUGUUUGUUUGGAACUACAUCACAGAAUACUCCUGGGGAAUCAUCGGCCAGCACCUGAUGUCCACUGUUCGCAUUCGCACCGAUGACGAGAUCUAUAACAUCGUCAUGGCAUGGGUUGCGAAACAAGGCUUUUCUCGGCGUUCACGCCGUUUUAUGGUCAACACUAACCUCAGCUCCCGAUCCUGGUUCCUAUACGAUUGGGACGACGAAAACGAGGAUGAUGAAAAGGACAGAAAGAAACCUCUCAAAUACACCCCCUCGGUUGGUUCACAUUUCUUCCCGUACAAGGGACACCUUCUUCUCUUUGAACGUCAUGAGAACCGCGACCGUAGCCCCUUCUCUUCCAGCAGUUCAAGCGAGGAACUCUCCAUCUCUUGUUUUGGCCGCAACCCACGCAUCAUUAAGGAGCUCCUCCUAGACGCUCAGGAGCAAUACCUCAAGAAAGACGAGCAGCAGACUGCCAUCUACCGCGGUUCUCUUCCAUCAAGCGGUGACCCCACCUGGCAGCGCUGCAUGACCCGAGCCAGUCGUCCUAUUUCCACAGUCAUUCUCGACGAAAAGACCAAGAGCGAUCUGAUCGAUGAUGUUACCGAUUACCUUAACCCCAACACUCGUCGCUGGUACUCAAACCGUGGCAUUCCUUAUCGCCGCGGCUACCUUCUCUAUGGCCCCCCUGGCACUGGAAAGAGUUCACUUAGUCUUGCUUUGGCUGGCCACUUCAACAUGCGCAUCUAUAUGGUCAGCCUGAGCUCCAUCUCGGCUACCGAGGAGCAUCUUGGUACUCUUUUCGCCGAACUCCCUCGCCGCUGUGUUGUCCUACUAGAAGAUAUUGACACUGCCGGUCUCACACACACCCGUGAAGAGAAAAAGGGAGACAGCACAACUGAGACGGCUGCAGUCCCUAUCUCGAGCGCUCCUACACCACCUGGUGCUCCUACUGUUGUAGCUCCUAUACCCACUGGCCGCCUCUCAUUGUCUGGCCUCCUCAACAUCCUUGACGGCGUUGCGUCUCAAGAGGGCCGUGUUCUUAUCAUGACCACCAACCACUUGGAGAAGCUGGAUAAAGCCCUCAUUCGACCUGGUCGCGUUGACAAGAUUGUUCAGUUCGGCUUGGCUGAUGCUGAUAUGAGCGCAUCUAUUUUCCGUGCUAUCUAUGCCCCCUACGAAGGUGAAGACGUCGAUGUGGGAGCACCCAAGGCCAAGUACUUGGAUCCUGAGGAAGCUCUGAAGCAGGCUGCACUGUCUAAAAAGACUCGCCUUGAGACCCUGGAGCGUAUUGGUGCAUUGGCCACCAAGUUUGCUACCAAGAUGCCCUCACUCGAAUUCAGCCCUGCAGAGAUUCAAGGUUUGCUCCUGAAGAAUAAGCGCAACCCCGAGGGGGUUAUCAAUGCUAUUGAUGAGUGGACUGUUGAGACCCGAAAGGAAAGGAAGCAGAAGGAGAUCGAAGAUGCAGAGAAGCGACGCAAGGAGGAGGCUGAAGCCGCCAAGGCCGAGGCCAAGAAGAAGCGAAAGGAAGAACGCAAGAAGGCCAAGAAGGCUAAGGCAAAGGCCAAGCGUAAGAGCAACGGCGAGAGUUCUGGAUCUGAUUCAGAUUCAGACUCUGAUUCUGAGCCUGAGUCUGAGGUCACGACGGAGGUCAAGAAGGAGAGCGCAGAGAAGAAGGACGAGAAGCCUGCAGACAAGCCCAAUGAGGCGGAGACUGGAGCUGAUGAGCAGAAGGAUACCAAGGUGGACGAGCCUGCCGCAGAGUCUAAGCCAAAGGGUACCUCCGACUCUGGAUAUGACACCCCAAACCCAGUUUCAUGA